CUUCUGGCAGAUGAGGAAGAGGAGGAGCCGGUUCCUGCAGAUAUGGGCACUUCUGCCGAGGCCAUGCAGGUCUCCCUGGGUGAGGAAGAGGACGUUGAGGAAGAGGAGAAUGAUGAGAACUGGCUUAAUCGUCAUAGCGAAGAGAGUCCCAGGCCUGAGGGUCUAUUACCCGCCGCCAAGAGACCCCACCUGAGCAGCAAACCAGGCGUUAGCCCCGAAUGGAGUUAUGAGCCACGGGAACCUCUCAGUUCCCUCAACUCCCAACACAUGCCGCAUUCCCCCUCCCCUCCCCUCUCCCCCGAAUUACCCCGACCUCCUUUGGCACCUCCUACACCUGGACACAAGCCAAAAUUGCCCUCACCCUCUCCUGCACGACAGAAGAACAAGUCACCCAAAAGAGGUGCUGGUUCUGCACCCACUGGUGUAAUGGGGCGCCCACUUAUGUUGACCCCACCCAAGACCAAUCAGAAGGCAGGAAAGAGGUCACCCAGUAGGCCCAAAAGCCCCCGCAGCCCAAAGCCAAGCCUUGCCCUUUUGGGUACAACUGGACGUGGCUGGGCUGGACCUCCUGCAGAUAAUAGCUCUCAUGAUGACCAGUUCAGAGCUCAUGAUGCAGGAGAUGAGGAUAUUGAGAACUCUAUUGCUGCUGUGAUUGCACGGGCUUGUGCAGAUGGAGAUGGAUCAGACCCAUUUGCUUAUGACUCGGACUCAGACAGUGAGGGGCCAAACCCUCCAAAACCUGCACCCAAACAUAUGCUAAGCCACAUCAAACCUCCACAAGCUCUCACCGGAAAACACUCACUUCCACCAGUUCCCCCAAAUCUCAACCCACCUAAUCGCUGGACGAUGGAUGACUCUAUAGACGAGGUCAUCCGAAAGGCCAAUCAGGGUCAAAAGCCAAUUCAGGCCCCAAGUCUUUCACCUCCAGAACCCACUUACCUGUCGUCCCCACCUGACUCGCCUCCCACACUGCUGCCACCUCUAAAACCUCCCCAGGAACGGAAAGACCCUGUUACCGCUACCCUUCUAAAGAAAAAACUCAAGAAGAACAUCAGGGUCAAGUUGAAGAAGAAAGACAAGGAGAGAUUCAAGGAGAAGGGCAAAGAGAAAGGAAAGAACAAGGAGAAGAAGCGGGAAAAGGAGCGAGGGCAGGUAGAGGAGAACAACAUGCCCUGGCUGGAGCUAUUGCUAGGAGGUGAAGAGCGGAGAGACGGCAUUAGCGGGAAGAAAGAGAAGGACAAGCACAAAGACAAGAAGAAAGAUAAAGAGAAAAGCAAGAAAGAGAAAGAGAAACGAGACAAGGGCAAGGAGCGAGGCAAGGAAGAGAAGAAGAUAUCUCAAGGAACCAAAGACAUCGCCACUGCCGUUGGCGCCACCAGCCCACUCUUCAGCCCCCAGACCUGCCUACGAGUCCCAUCAAUGUUGCCCCCUUUGCCACCAAUACUCCCUGAUAAAUUAUUCCCACACCCCAAGGAUACCAAGAGCAAAGACAAGGACAAGAAGAAGGACAAGAAAGAGAAGAAGAAGAAAAAAGAGAAGGAGAAAGACAGAGAGAAGGAGCGUGAAAAGGAACGGGCAAGGGAGAAGGAGCGAGAUAAAGAGGAGAAGAAGAAGGACAAAGAGAAGAAAGAAAAGACUAAGGAAAAGGAGAAAAACAAGCCAAAACUUGAGAAAUCAAGUUUAUUGGUAAGACGCCCUAUAGCACUUUCGAAGUCCCUGGUCUCACGCAGUAUUUGGAAAGCUACUUUCACUGCUUACACCAAAAGCUACUCUAAACUAGUUAAAACUAGUUAAAGUCAACAUGAAAUGAUCUUCACAACCAUUUUAUAUCUCUAACCUUAUAUUUCUGAGUGAAGCACAAUAUGCAGAGGCAACAAGAUGUACAUGUACACAGUUUUGAAUCGUAUGCAUAUGCAACUGCAUGAUGUACUCAUCAUUGAAUGCCAACUACAUAAGGCCGCAUAGGCCAUUCAUAAAACUUCCACAUGAAUUCAAUAUGACUAUCAGGUGCAGCAUCAAUAAUGCAAUACACAAGAGAGUCACACA